UCUGUCUGUUAUACCUAUAAAAGAGGACACUCGCACUAAGCAAAUUAAACCGAUCGAGCAAGAAAAAUAGUAUGGGUUCUCUUCCAAGCCCACACUUUGUCAUCUUCCCUUUCAUGUCUCAAGGCCACACCAUCCCUAUCCUCUACCUCGCCCGACUCCUCCACCGCCGAUCCGCCGCCGUCACCAUCUUCACCACCUCUGGAAACUCCCCUCCAAUCCAUGCAUGUCUCCAGGACACCGAUGUCUCAGUUAUCGAACUCCCUUUCCCUCAGAACAUAGAGGGCAUCCCUCCCGGCGUAGAGAACACUCACAAAUUGCCAUCCAUGGCCUGUUUUCUCCCUUUUGUCCAAUCCACGAAACUCAUGCAAGAAAGCUUCGAACAGGCCCUCGAAUCCCUUAACCCUCCUGUUUCCUGCAUAAUUUCUGACGGGUUUCUCGGGUGGACUUUAAAAUCUGCUAAAAAAUUUGAUGUUCCGAGGUUUGUUUUCUUCGGGAUUGGAAAUUUUUCAUUUACUAUGUACCAGAUCUUGGUCACGGAAAGGCCUCAUGCAGGAACGAAUUCGCCGGAUGAGCCCUUUUCCAUGCCUGAUUUUCCAGGGCUCACGCUGACAAGAAAUGACUUCGACCCACCGUAUAAUGAUAUCGAGCCGUCGGGCCCGUAUGUGGAGUUCAUGGCGGAGCAGAUGGCUGCGGCGGCGAUGAGCCACGGGAUAAUCGUGAACAGCUUCUACGAGCUGGAACAAUGUUACGCUGAUUAUUGGAACAAGAAAAUUGGCCCAAAAAAUCUGUGUGUUGGCCCACUCUGCAUGGAGGCGGCGGCGCCGACACAGGCCCUGGAAAAGCCGAGUUAUACACAAUUCCUGGACGGAAAAUUGGCUGAGGGUGAACCCGUUUUGUACGUUGCUUUCGGGACUCAAGCAGAAGUGUCAGCGGAGCAACUGCAAGAAAUUGCUGCGGGAUUGGAACAAUCUCAGGUGAGUUUCUUGUGGACUUUGAAGCCCAAAGGGUUGGAAUUCUUGCAGAAAUUUGAAGAGAGGGUGAAGAGUAGAGGAAUCGUGGUGAAAGACUGGGUCGAUCAGCAACAAAUCCUCCGGCACGAAGGAGUAAAAGGGUUUCUCAGCCACUGCGGAUGGAACUCAGUGAUGGAGAGCAUAUGCGCCGGCGUACCCAUUCUUGCGCUGCCGUUCAUGGCGGAGCAGCAUAUGAAUGCAAGAUUUGUGGCGGAGGAAGCUUGCGUGGGGCUGAGGAUCAUGCCGAGCAGCGGAUCCGUCCGGGGAUUUGUGGCUGCGGAGGAGGUGGAGAGAAAGGUGAGAGAGCUGAUGAUGGGCGUUGAGAAAGGAGCGGAGGUGCGGAAGAAGGUGGAGGAGUACCGCGACGCUGCGUGCGAUGCCGUGAAAGAAGGCGGUUCAUCGACUCGCACGUUGGAUAUGCUGAUUGAUGAGGUUGCCCGGAAAAGACAGACAUUUUCCUCUGGCGGGAGUGCAGCGUGUUGUCCUGAUGGCCAGCGUUUCGAUUCCGAUCACAAGAGGCAACAUGCACAGUUUUAGAAUAGAAAUAUCUAAAUAACAUUAUAUUUUACAUUUUGUUGAAUAUAUAAAUAUUAUAUGAAUAAAAUUUACAUAAAUUAUAUAUUAGUCAAAACAUUUUACAUACCAUAUG